GCUCGUCCCUCCUCAUUCAUUCUUCACAACGUGACUAGAGCCACCUGCCACCUACUCGCCGAGAGUCCUAUCACCCACCUCAUCUCGCACCAUUUCCACCCGGCAUUAGUAAGCCUCUCGCCCUGUGACGGCAGCUUCCUUCAAACCUUUCGGCAGCGACAGCGCAAAACCCGUCAAUUACCAUGCCUUCCGUUCGCCAGCGCGAAGCCCGUCGCGGUGGCACCACUCCUACGCUGCGCCGUCUGUUCCUCUCAGCAAUGCUGCUCGCAUUCGCGCUGUUUUCCGGCUUCGCGGAUGCGAGGCCACGGCUAGCUGUGCUGGAGGCGGCGGGUGCGGGCGGCGGCGGAGCCGACAUUGUGGUGGCGAAAGACGGGAGCGGCGAUUACACCAGCAUUAAGGACGCAUUGGGUGCCGCCAAAUCCGGAACUGCGAGCCGCUAUUUCGUCAUUCUCGUCAAGGCGGGGGUGUACAACGAGCAGGCAGUGCUGCCCGCGUCGCUGAGGUUCAUCGGGCUCGUGGGCGAGAAGGGCGCGAAGAUUUCGGCGUCGAAUUACGCGGGGCAGUCGAAUCUGAACGACUGCUCGACGUUCCAGCUGCUGGCGUCGGACGUGGUGGUAUCCAACAUCAUCUUCGAAAACGCGCACGGACCGGGCGAGCAGGGCGGGGAUCAGGACCAGGCCGUGGCUGUGAAAGUAUCCGGAACCCGCGUUGCGUUCUACGGAUGCUCGUUCCUCGGGUACCAGGACACGCUGUACGCGUUAUCCGGACUCCAGUACUACAAGAAUUGCGUCAUCCAGGGCCGCGUGGACUUCGUGUUCGGCGACGCCAAGGCGCUCUUCCACAACUGCCAGUUCCACCUCGUCUACUGGGGCGGCGGCUACUUCGCGCAGUCUCGUCAGAAGGGAGAGGAUACCGGCUUCGUCGUUCUUGGCGGUUCCCUGAGUCCCCUAGGCAAGGGCCCUAUCAAGCCCGGGUAUUUGGCUCGCUCCUGGGGUAAAUAUUCCACCACUAUUUUCAUCAACACGUUUUUCGCGGCGGGUUCGGUUCGCGCGGAGGGGUGGGGGUACGUUGGUGGAAACAAGCGCAUGCACCAUGUUACGUUCGCCGCGUACGGAUGCUACGGGCCCGGUUACAACACCACGGGGUGGGACGACAACGCGGUUAUUCUGACCGCGGCAGAAGCAGCCCCGUAUUCGUCUAUUAGCUACGUGAACCAGGGAGGGUGGAUCGCCGACCCUAACACGUUGGUGCGUGGUGUGGGCGGCAAGGUGAAUAAUGGCGGCGGCGGUGGGAAUGGAGCCAAGGGUGUUGCUGGCAAGGGCCCUGCUCAGAACGCCACUCCCGUCGCACCCACGCCACCUCCCCAACCCGCUGCAAGCGGCGCAGGGAACAGCAAGAAGAAUAAGCGCCAACGACACAAGCAGAACAAUAACUAGAAGGGUGCAUGCCGUGCACACUGCUGCUGGUGAUUCCUCGUGGAUGGAAGCUGAUGAAGACGUCACUCACGGGACGGGAAUUGCUCUGCAAUGCAUCGCAUCAUGUCAUAGGAUGCUGUGUAGUGCGACCUAAUUAUAAGUAGCAAAUGUAAUCACAUCAUGCUUACUAUAAAUGCCCACACCACGU